UGUGGAGAGAGAAGCAGAAGAAUGGCGGAUAAGAGGCCGAAUAGGAGCGAUGUUCAUCUGUCAGAGAAGGAAGAGACGAGGAUCGAGGAAGAAACGAGGGGCUACUUCGAUGGUUUAGCUCCCAAACGCCAUACAAAACCCCAGCGCAGCGAUUACUCUUCGCAAUACACUGACACGCUUGGUAGCUCCUCUGAAAUCAUUCCCGAAUUCGUCAAAUUUCAACAGCUCGAGAACGAUCCCGAGAAACUGGUUUAUAAGGGGAAAGAUGCGACAGAGGAAUACGUAGAGACGGAAUACUACAAAGACCUUAACUGCGUGGACAAGCAACACCACACGACUGGGACGGGAUUCAUUGGAACAGAGAACAACAAUGGAAGUUGCUUUAAGAUAGCACCAGACACUAACUGCUCUGCUUGCCACUCUUCUUGCACGGGAAAUCCAGCAACCAACGAUUGGAUCCCUGCUACUGGUGACAGGGUAACUCAGAGGUUGGAUAAGCCUACCAGGAGCGAUAUAUGAAGAAACCUUCACUUUGCUGAGG